AAGUAUGCUAGGCUUCCACCAAAGUCCUCAAUAUACCUGAACAUGUGCAAUAUAUGAACCCUUCACUUUUAAUUUUGGAAUCUACAUUGAAGUCUCAUCUUCUUUUUCUUUUUUCUUUUUUAAUAUACAAACCUACCUACGUAUAGACAUAGAUAAGCUGCUUUAGUUACCACGAAGAUUGCCAAGAAUUUAGAGAUGUAUUUGUCAAGAUUCCUGUCAAUUCAUGCCCUUUGGGUUACAGUGUCUUCAGUGAUGCAGCCCUACCCUUUAGUGUGGGGACAUUAUGAUGUAUGUAAGACUCAGAUUUAUACAGAAGAAGGGAAAGUUUGGGAUUACAUGGCCUGUCAGCCGGAAUCCACAGACAUGACAAAAUAUCUGAAAGUGAAACUGGAUCCUCCAGACAUUACCUGUGGAGACCCUCCUGAGACAUUCUGUGCAAUGGGCAACCCCUACAUGUGCAAUAAUGAGUGUGAUGCAAGUACCCCAGAAUUGGCACACCCACCUGAACUGAUGUUUGACUUUGAAGGAAGACAUCCCUCCACCUUUUGGCAGUCUGCUACUUGGAAAGAGUAUCCCAAGCCUCUCCAGGUUAACAUCACUCUGUCUUGGAGCAAAACUAUCGAGCUAACAGACAACAUAGUUAUUACCUUUGAAUCAGGGCGUCCAGACCAAAUGAUCCUGGAGAAAUCUCUUGACUAUGGACGAACGUGGCAGCCGUAUCAGUAUUAUGCCACAGACUGCUUAGACGCUUUUCACAUGGAUCCUAAAUCCGUGAAGGAUUUAUCACAGCAUACGGUCUUAGAAAUCAUUUGCACUGAAGAGUACUCCACAGGUUAUACGACAAAUAGCAAAAUCAUCCACUUUGAAAUCAAAGACAGGUUCGCAUUUUUUGCCGGACCUUGGUUACGCAAUAUGGCUUCCCUCUACGGACAACUGGAUACAACCAAGAAACUCAGAGAUUUCUUUACAGUCACAGACCUGAGGAUAAGGCUUUUGAGACCCGCUGUCGGGGAAAUAUUUGUAGAUGAGCUACACUUGGCACGCUACUUUUACGCAAUCUCAGACAUAAAGGUGCACGGAAGGUGCAAAUGUAAUCUCCAUGCCACUGUGUGUGUGUAUGACAACAGCAAAUUGACCUGUGAAUGUGAGCACAACACUACAGGUCCAGACUGUGGGAAAUGCAAGAAGAAUUAUCAGGGCCGACCUUGGAGUCCAGGCUCGUAUCUCCCCAUCCCCAAAGGCACUGCAAAUACCUGUAUCCCCAGUAUUUCCAGUAUUGGUAAUUGUGAAUGCUUCGGCCACUCCAAUCGAUGCAGUUAUAUCGAUCUGCUAAAUACAGUCAUUUGCGUGAGCUGUAAACACAACACUAGAGGGCAGCACUGUGAGUUAUGCAGGCUGGGCUACUUCAGAAAUGCUUCUGCACAGCUGGACGAUGAGAAUGUGUGCAUAGAGUGUUAUUGUAACCCUUUGGGCUCAGUCCAUGAUCGUUGUAAUGGCUCAGGAUUUUGUGAGUGUAAGACUGGAACGACAGGGCCUAAGUGUGAUGAGUGCCUGCCGGGAAAUUCCUGGCACUACGGCUGUCAACCGAAUGUCUGCGACAACGAGCUCCUGCACUGCCAGAACGGAGGGACGUGCCACAACAACGUGCGCUGCCUGUGCCCAGCCGCGUACACGGGCAUCCUGUGCGAGAAGCUGCGGUGCGAGGAGGCGGGCAGCUGCGGCCCCGACUCCGGCCAGGGCGCGCCCCCGCGCGGCUCCCGCGCGCUGCUGUCGCUGCUGUUACUGCUGGCCGCUCUGCUGGGGACAGCCGGCCCCCUGGGCAUCUAG